CUUUGACCUCCAAUCAGACGAGCAGCUAGCAGACGCCGCGCGCGUUACGGUGAAAAUCUUGGCAUAUACGUAGAUCUUCAAGUUUAACGCCCACUGUUUCGCACCUUCAUCACAACAGACAUCUUUUGCGUUUUGUAACAAUCAUUUCGUAUGUGUAUGUUGUUUAUAAUACUAGUAUAGUAGCCGUCGUCGAUUGUCAACACUUAGUAAAAGGCACGCCCCCCUCCCACCCUGCGUGACCCUUCAUGUGAUUCUUGUUACCAAAACAUGGGGAAGUUACUGUUUGUAUGAUUAUAUGUUGCAUGCAGGCCUUGCAGCUCUACCUCAUUCAUUAUAACGCAUCUAAUUCUCUGCACAUCCUUGUACUGUGGAGAGAGCACAACAGUCGUUCUAAUAGGCUAGGUUGUCAAAUGCAAAAAAAAUUAUUUCAAAGCCGUCGGCCGUCUAAACCACCAAACUGAGAUGACCCUCAAACUGUCGAAGAUUGUAUCCAACUUCCCACAAGAAGGCCUGGCGUUCGCUUUCGCCUAUGGAUCUGGCGUUUUCCAUCAGAGAGGACAUAAAGCAAUGUCGCAAAAUAUGGUGGACUUCAUCUUUGCUGUGGACAAUGCUGAAGCAUGGCACAAGGAGAACAUGAGAAGAAACAGGAAACACUACUCAUUCCUCAGCAGUUUGGGGCCUGAAGGGAUCGCCAGGGUACAGGAGAACUGGGGUGCCAGGGUUUAUUUCAACACACUAGUUCCCUGUGAGGAUAGAAUAAUCAAGUAUGGAGUUAUCAGUACAAGUGACCUGAUAGAUGAUCUUUAUCUGUGGAAGACUCUGUACGUCAGUGGACGCCUACAGAAACCUGUCCUGAUAUUGAAAAGAAGAGACAACCCAGAGUUACUAGAAGCUCUUCGACAGAACACAUUGAGUGCCAUGGCUGCAGCACUGCUCAUGUUACCCGAGGCAUUCACAGAGGAGCAACUGUACAUCGCCAUAACAAGCCUUUCAUACACAGGAGACUUCCGUAUGACAGUUGGAGAAGAUAAGCAGAAGGUACAGAACAUUGUGAAGCCAAACGUCGCCAGGUUUCAGGAGCUGUAUCAUCCCAUCUUGGACCAUGUCAACCACAUUCACUGGCACAAGAAACAGGCUUUUAUUGAGCAAGACACCAGUCCCCAUGCGGUGUACUCACACCUGAACAUGCUGCCAAAGACGUUACAGGAUCACAUCUGGCUGGAGAAGAACCGAGAUAAGAGAUACCAGGAUACCGAGGAGGUGAUGAAGAGCCUGGCUCACAGUGCAGACUACAGAGAGGUGGUAGAAAGAGGAGUACAAAGUAUUGUGAAAAAAUCCAGCAUUACUCAAAGUUUGAAGAGUAUUUUAACAGCAGGCAUGGUGAAGAGUGUGAGGUACAGUGCAGCAAAACUGAGAAAGAUGUUGUCCAGCAGGAGGCAGCCCGUGUCGGUGUAGGCAGCAGAGAUGGGGACAGUCAGGGAUCUGUUCAGUCUGACACUCAGACGUUGUUUCUAUGUUUUGAAUUGUGGGUGCAAACAGUGAUAGCUGAAUGCCUCACAUCUAUGUUCUAGUUAUCUUUUAAAAGUUUGUUUCUUCAGUGCAAGUACAGUUAGCUUGCUUGAAAUUAUUUACACAUAGCCCAUUUAAUUCACAAUUAUCCAUCUACAAAGGUGGCCUUGUGUAAAGGGCUUGCAUUUUACUAUCCAUCAAGGUUCUGAAAUGGUCUUGUUUGUUCCAAGUUUAUGUAAGCUAACAUUGGACAUGAUAUAUUGUCUCUGCAACUAUGUUACUUGUUAUCAUCUGAAACAAAUAAAGUCUUGGAGUCUGGAACCCAGUCUGUUUUAA